CUUCCUGUUCUAGGUAACCUGACAAUUAAAAUACCAGAACGUAUUCCAUCAUCUCUUUUCGCUGGUGAAAAGAAAAGUUUUUACUGCUUCGUUGAAGGACAGCUCCCACUAAUAGUCAGAUGGCUCAAGAACAACACGAUUAUCAACGAGACAAAAAGUCAAAGAGACAGACAAGUAAACCUCACUCUUGAUUUUCGUGAAUUGGAUUUGCAUCACACUGGGAAUUAUACUUGUGAAGCUAGACACCUCUUUCACCGAACCCUGAGACGCACUAUCCUCGUCAGCGUUUCAUGUAAGCAUUUAUUGUUAACAAGGUUGUUUUCGCACCCAUCUUCGUUUGCUUUAAAAAGGUCGUAACUUGACAUGGAAUGACCAUUUAACUGACAACAACAAAAAGAGAAAAAAAGGGGGACAUACAAGUAAAGAAAUCUACCAAGUAAAAAAUUCUUAAACAAACGGAACAUCUGAAAGGUAAUCCUCUAUUCCCGGAAGAGAAUUUUUUUGCAAACGGAAAUUCCAGAUUCCAACCGAUUUCCAUUUUUUUUCAAACCUAUUCUAUAAACGUGACUCCCGAACGAAAUUCACCAGUCCUUAAUGUUGUUUAGCAUUUGCCCAAACCGUUUACCGACUGGCUCGCCCAUGGUAUAAGCUAUGUGAAUUUUCUAAGUCCUUGAGUAACCUGACGUGUCUCUGUAAAAGCGGUAGACGGUCAUUAAUCUGUCUCAUACACACUAAUCACGUGAUAAAAAUCAUGUUUGACCCAUAUCCGGGUAGUUUAAUGCUCAUCCAUUUGGGGAAAAUACAGCUGCCUUGGAAGGGUGGGCGGGGAAGCUUAGUCCAAAUCCGAAGGAACGAGCGAAAACUAAUUCAGGCGUUAAAAGCGAAUUGCGAAAUGCGCGUUAUUGCAACGUGUUAUUUGAUUGUCAAACAGUUUCGCAGUCAUGGCCAGCUGCGAAACGCUAUCAAAUACAACGCUAAACGGCAAGAUAGCAAUACAAUCGUGUGUUCGUAAUCCGAGGCGUAACCUUAUAUGGUAAAUAAAUCGAUACACUAAAUGUAUUAUUAACACCAUUAAACUAUAGUUAAAUAUUACUUAAUUUAUCUCUUGCACAAUAAUUUCGCAUGUUUGGGCCAUAUCCGGGCAGCUUAAUGCUCUUCCAUCUGGGGAAAAUACAGCUGCCCAAAGUCCUGCCCAAAGUCCAGCCCAAGUUGGAAGUUAAUUAGUGAUCUGCGGCAGGUUCAUUGAACUUGUAAGGAGUGGCGUACUGAAACUUCAUCGUGUGCGUUUGUGCAAUCUUGCGGGGUAUAUCGAGCAACAACUGAAGCGAGAACGAGUGUACCGUUGAUAAAAGUCACUGUUCCAUCAGCGUAGAAGUUUGAUCUCAUAGUCGGUUAAGCCAGCGAGGGAGGCGGACGUUGCUCCUCCGAUUCGAAAACUAUGUGCAGCAAGAUAAUAUAAACUAUUUUCCGUAUCUGUGGUCAGGUUUGUUAAAAUGAAUUUUGAACAGUUCCAUCAGCUGAGCCAACCGUAUGCAUUUCGGGUCUCGGAAAAAUUUAGUACACUGUAAUUUAACUUUCCUACCCUAGCUAAGCCAUGCAGCUACAGUGGUGUAAACGAAGAUCAACUUCUUCCCCUAUUUAAAAAAAGAAUUCCCUACUUUGAGGGAAAAUAAUAUGCUCUAGUACUUAUUGAUUAGAACAUAGGACUAUUAAACAAUUUCAAGGUUAGAAUAGCGAGACUUCCUGUGACAAACACUACUAUCAUUUUGGCCACAUGCAUAUCCGAAGUCUAGACAAUAUGUCUUUCAUUUAUGUUCUGGUCAAGGUUCUGACCCUUAUUGAUUUUUCCCAGUGAAUCCGUUCGUCGGCGAGACUGAUUUGUCGUUUGACAAAAAAAGAUCUUCAUGCCCAUCAAACAUCAUUUCGGUAAAAGUGAAUGGCUAAAAAUAAACUAACAUAGACCACGCACAGCUUCUGCCACAUGUGUACCGGGAAGCUUAGACAUCGGUCAUGUUGAAACGCAGACCAUGCAGACUGCAGACCGUGCAGACUGAGUGUUAUUUUUUUUACUUGUACCUUAAUUUUCUAGUAAAAUGUUUACUACAGUUUCCCGCUUCCUCUCAUUAUGUGCACUGUGCAUAAUUAUCAUAUGUGCACCGAUGAGUACCUGCAAGGGUCAUGGCUAAAAAAUGAGAAAUCGCGGGCUCAUGUUUAAAGGCAGUUUCGCGGUCAGUUUCGCGCGGUUUUAGCUGCGCCGCUUUCACGCAGAAGCGAGCACGAUGGAGGAAGGUAAGCUGUUUCUUUCUGUACUUGUAUUAUAUUGCCACGAUUAUUUAAAUGUUUUUAAUAGAAGAAGCCUUUUCAAGUUAAGUGACUAAAAAUAAAGCCCUUUUCGGCUUCCUACAACGACUACGAGAGAGACAUUUCCUCAAUUUCCUUGAUUUUUGAUGAUCGUCUUUGGUUUCACUCUAGCCCUGUAAUUCAAACCGGUGACUUGCCGUCAUUUCUUCAAAUCUUAGAGAUACCGAUGUCAUCGUUGUUUAUAGCUCGGAAGAUUCGGGUAAGACUUUUGUUUAUGUAUUUUUUUUUUAUUUGAUUCCCAAGAGUGUCCUUCUGGGCAGGUUUUCACUCGGGGAUCGACAAUUGUAUUUGCUCCUUGCAUUCACGCCAAUAAGUGGUAGUGGUUUGAAACCGACAAUCUUGUUUGAGUAUCAUGGUUCUUGUUUAUUCAGCUCCAAAACUAAAUAGUUCGUGUCGGCCUGUGGCCGACGAAGCUCCUCGUCGCACACGAGAAAAAACCUCUGGUACCCAGGGUAAGCCGUUGUACGAAGCCGAAAAGGGUUUUAUUUUAAGUCACUUAACCUGAAAAAGCUUCUUCUACCAAAAAAAUUAAAUAAUCGUGGCAAUGACCCUUGCAGGUACACAUCGGUGCACAUAUGAUAGUGAUGCACAGUGCAAAUAAUGAGAGGAAGCGGGAAACUAUAGUAAAAAUUUUACUAGAAAAUUAAGGUACCAGUAAAAAAAAUAACACUCAGGCUGCACAGUCUGCACAGUCUGCAGUCUGCAUUGUCUGCGUUUCAACUGCAACACAUAAACUGCAAACGCGGCAAGGUCUGACUAUGCCCCGGUACACAACAACGAAAAUAUGAUUAUUUCGCUUUACUAGCAAGUAAUCUACCGUAAAAAGUACUUCUUAAGAAUGAUUAAAAACAGAACUCACCUAAAAUCGUUUCCCGAAUGCAACUGGAUGAUCUGAUAUCAGCGUUGCGAAGUUUUCGUUACAUGUUAUAAAAAAGAGAAGCGAUCGAUUGUGCUGCCUAACAGUCGCGCAACAAGUGAUGUUUCUUAAACUUUUGCACGAGUGGUUAAACAUGUUUUGAAUACGAAAAUUAUUCCUUUAAAAAAUAAUUACAAUAAGCUAACAUGCAAAACCCAACACUUGCCAAGAUAAAAAAGCCGUUAUUUCAAUUGAACCGCCCAGUACUCAAACCGGUUUGAUCGGUUUGCCUUGCGACCGGGCCUGUAAUUCGAACAUCACUGCUGACCAUUUUUACCGCGUGCGUGCUUAAAAACAAUCGAACUUUGAUCUAGUGAUCAACUGUGAUAACGGGGAUCAGGAGCCCAUCAUUUUCAAGGCGAAUUUUUGAGGACUUAGUUUUACAGGGAACAAGGUCGUCGGCUAAAUCAAAGCAGAAGAUGGACCAGUCUUUACACUGAGGUACGAUAUUUCUCUGUAGCGACGCAUUAUAAAAGAUGAAAGCUAACAAGAAACUUGUAUAUUGUACGUGGUAAGCUAAGAUUUCCGUGCAGCCAUAUUCAGAUCAUAUAAGCUUAAGUCUUCUGUUUCGAUUCCCAUCACAUUAACUAUUUGUGUAAAAUAGUAUGAAAUGACUGCUGCAAGCCUUAUAUAUGAAUGGGGCCGUACGAAAAUCUUAUAACAAACUGGUAAACAAUCAGUUUAGCGUUAUGACAAGGUUUGGCAAACUGAUGUCUACUGAAACCAUGCUCCGUCUUUAUAAGGCAUAUAUACUUCUUCACUUUUAUUAUUGUUCUAUGGUGUGGAUUGUUCUAUUGGAGCCAGGGAAGAUUUGCAACCCGACAACCUCGGCGCAUCCAGUGAGAUGACAAUUGGCCGUCCACAUAACGAGCCAAAUAGUCCACCGACAUCCUAGGAGCGACGGAAACGAAGGGACAUGGACAGCAGCCAGACGAUACUGCAGUAAGCGGACCAAGAAGAUCAGCGCGUGCAAGAACGUCUACUUGGAACACUAUUUACAGAGACUUUGAGCCACACUAGAAAAAAAGGGCGGAGAUCUAGUGUCGGGUCUCAAGGGACUUAAUGUACGAUAAUUAGAUGCGGAAAGAGCGUUAACAGUGGAAGCAAAAAAGGGACUUGAUUUGCAUACAAGACAGUGUAGAACGGACUAGUAGGAGGACUAUUAACGGAACUAAGGGCGUAUAAUGUAACCGUUUAUUUAUGCCUAAACCAUUGACCACUUCUUAUGGUAUCAAUUCCUUUAGUUACUUGGCAGCAACAUCUUGGAAUUCUCUUCCUGACCAUCACCGCACUAUUUCUGAUUUUACUUCUUUUCGACGACUGAUAUCUACUGGGAACUAUAAUUUACUUAAAAUAGCAGGAAUUGCAAACCUUUCUACAUCAAGAUAAUUUGCAAGUUGGUUGUCUAGGUAGUUAGUUAAUGUAGUUGGCUCGAAGAUAUUAGCACUUGAGCGCUACACUGUAAAUUCGAGGGUAAAUAAAGUUUAUUGAUUGAUUGAACCUGACAGCUGCAAAGUCAAAAACAAUUCUCCACAGUUCAACGUAAGCUUACAUGUACGUUUUAUUCGUGUGUUUAUUCUUAUGCCUCUGUUUAGGCCAUCCUCACCAACGCAUAAUCUCUUAUGCUAUGCCUAUGCGCCUCUAUUAAGGACCAUGCUAUGUUUAUGCUUGCAUCGCUAAAACUGCACUUGCAUGUCCAUUUCUGUUCAUGUUUUUCUGGAGUCUAACCUAUAUCCUAUGAAUUUACAUUCACUUCAUUUACUGUGUAUUCUUCUAUAGUGUGCUUGAUUACACUUUACUUCUUUAAGAGGAAGCAUCGCACUCAAUAAAGCCUGAUUAAAUCAGUUUUAUUCAGGUUCUUUUUUGACCGUUUAAACAGGGGUCUUUUUUGCAUGAGCCUGCGCGACCGCUGAACAAGCAGUGUGCAUGGGGGCUCACCACAGGCUCUGCCCUCAUCAAAAUGGCGUGUCUCAAAGCUAUCAGCGCUAUUAUUUUCCUCGUUGGGCUUGGCGAGUGUGCUCGUGAUUUAACAAAAUGUGUAAUUUGCGGAAAACUCUAACAUGGUCUUAACAAAAGCGAAGUAGACCGGCUUUAACAUACCACGAGCUACUAUCAAAUUUCAUCUCCCAACUUGACCUGGACAACAGCGCGCGUAUAUGUAGUGCCUGUAGGAUUGCGCUGACCUCAUUAAACUCUAAACAAAGUGCUGAAAUAUUUGAUAAUGUAAGUAAACACUUUCAAUUUUGUUUGUUUUAAAAUGGGGAAAGGAACACAAAUAUUAAAAAAAAAAAAAAGCAAAUUUCAGCGAGUGGAUUCGAAGUGCACAAAAGCUGGUGUUCAGUUCAGCAGUGAGUUAAUAAUGUUCUACAAUUUUCCCAGCACUUUAAAGCUACAAAAUGAAGAGCACACAAGACAGACAGUUAGAUUAGUCACCUGGUGAGAUGUUGAUGGCAUUCACUCUGAGUGUAUCGAACAAUAAAAAAAUGAAUAUCAAUGAGACAGUCAAAACUGCAAUCAAUAGGACUGAUUUUGAUGAACCAAACGGCUAAAAGCAAAUUCCUGUAAAAGAUGGGUUACAGUGUUAGUCCACCAAAAAAACAAGAAGUUCUGCAAAUUUUCUGAUAAACAAACUUUGUAUCGCUAAAAUUCUUAAGGGAACAUUUUUCUGUUCCAACUGAUAACAGCGUGGUAGUCACCCGCUUAUUGUUAUUAAUCAACUCCCAAAAUAUGGCGAAAUCAGCUAUCCACAAAUUAUUGACAGAAAUCCUCUAUGGCAUCAAGAAACUAAUUUAUAUCCGAUUUAUAGACAAACACUAAAUAAAGAACAUUUUGCUUAAAAGCUCUCCGUCAGCAAUGCAUUCUUUGCCAAACUUUGCAGUUCUUGAAGGGGAAUCAAGACACAAGUCGAGCGCCAGACAACAACAAUCAGCCAUGUUGGUGUCAGACAUCCUUGAGAAACUUUCUCUUUCACCUCGUUCAGCGCAUCAAUCUCCACCUUCUGUAAAUCACCAGAUCUUUACUUCUUUUGGACAACGAAGGUCUUUCCUGAGUUCCUGCUGCCAUUUGAAUCUCAAGCAAGCUUUCAAAGUGAAGAAUUUGGUUCCUAUGACUAUGCACCACUGUCGCUGUCACUGGUCACGUGCUCUUUAUCAAGUCUUAGUGCGCACGCUCAUGCAAAAAAGACCGCUUUUGACUGUUUAUAACUCUCUCACACACUGUAGGAUUCCUAUGAUUUAGUUCUGUUGUGGUUGAUAAAUUUACAGCUUCAUUUGAGGUUUUGAGUGGGCUUAUAAAAUGGUUUGGCUUACGGUAUUGAAGAUGUGUGGACUGUGUUCAAAGAGACAUUGAACACAGUAUUCAGUAUUUUCAACAUGGCAAUAGUCUGUUGCAAUGUAUAAUUGAUACCAAAAUUUAACUCUACAAUUUCUUUUUUUUUAUUCUGUUGACUGUUUUGUACAGCAAUAACCACAAUGUGCAAUUUACUUGAUUUUUAUUUUCUUUAAACAUUAGCAAGCAACGUAUAUAUCUACAGUGUGUAGUCAAAAUUUAUACAAAAGCACUGGCUCAUAUAUACAACUGUCAAUGUGUUGACCUUUUUCUGUUAGAUCAGUGUGUGAUUAAUGUGGCUUAUGUUUGUUUGUCAUGCCUUAAGGUAAUUGGACAGUAUGGAACCAAACCAACCAAAAAACGUUUUUUGGCAAUGGACCACAAAAAAUCCCAACCAACCAAAAACGGUUGGUCCCAACAGAACACGACCUUGGCUUUUAAGGUCCCCCUCUAGCACAACCUUAGAGGUGGUUGACUGCCGCACUUCCCUUCGUCAAAGAAGAAGUUUGAGUGCUUUAUAACCAUUUACAAACGAUUUUCGAGAAUUAUAUUUGGAAAGUGGAUGUAACACGCCUUUUCGGGUCUUUCAAGUGAACACUUUCGGAAACAAACGAAACGUCUGAAAAGGCAGUCCUGUUUUCAGGCUUUCGUGGCCAUUUUUUGGUGAAAGGAACUGGUUUGUGCAAAUGAUAAACGCGACACGCGACUGUCAAACGAAAUUCACCAGUCCUGACUGUUGUUUAUUAUUUGCCAAACCGUAAACUGACUGGUUCUUCCCUGGCAACCAAGAAUUUCGCCUAAACCAAAAGCUUGAUAUUAGCCUGCGCUAGGUGGAACUAAACUCUGGGUUAAGUCAGUCUGCAAAACAGUAGCAAAUUCCAGUUUUGGACCCUCACUCGUAUACCAGGAUUUAAGUACGUGCCAGGACUGGACUGUUAAAGAUACCAUUGUCCACUGGUCAAUAAGGUUUAAGGGAAACUUGAAACACAUUUCGGUAAUUUGUGAAGUCCGUUGGGGGCCUAGAACAAGGAUAUCAUUGCUGCUUAGUAGACAUUACUAGUCAUGCCAGGGCCGGGUUGUUCAAAGCAGGGUUAAGAUAACCAAGGGUUAGUGUGAAAUUUGAAUUCAGAUAUGAAAACUUAAAAGGAAAUUCGGUUUUAUUAUUUUUGCCUACAAUUUGAUGAUUGGAUGCUCUAAAAAGAAUAGAGAAAAUUAUUCGGGAAAAUGCUUUUGAACAAAAGAAAAAGAAACCCAAGUUAAGAUUUAACCCUGGGUUAGCGCUAAGCAGCCUUCAAACAACUGGGCCCAGGGUUAAAUUACAUCUACGACGCAGGCUACCUUGAUGUUUAAUGUUCAAAAUAUAAAGUAGAAUCACUAUUUUAGUACUAUAUGUGUUGAGAUGGUUGAAAAUUUUGAAGUUUAAUAGAUAUCCCCAUUCGAGCGACUAUCUCCAUAGACAGGUGGUGUUAUCAGUAGAUGUCAAUUUUGUAUACACAUUAAAUUCAUCUAAUAGGUCACCUUAUAUCGCCUUAAGUCGCCUAUAGUCGCCAUAAGUUGCCUUAUGUCGCCUUAAAUAGAAAAACAUUUUGAGCAAAUUUUCCUAAAGUGGCCUAAAGUUACGGCGACUUUUUUGGCCUUCAAACCAAGGCAGGACCGCAGUUAUUUUUCUAGAAAUAAACCAGUUUAUUCGUUUUACUCAACAGGUCCACCAAUGGUACCUAUGAUAAGUGCUCUUCCCCUUAAUAUGGGAUCAAACGGCUCUGUAAAUUUGAGUUGCAAGGCCAACCAGCUAGACGCUCAUCAAAUGGCUUCUUACAAGUGGAAAUGGCUGUUUAACAAUGGAACAGAAAUUACAAAUGCAUUUGGGAAGUAUAAAAUACUCAACGCGUUCUCAUCCCUAAAUUCCUGUCAACAAAAGAAAGGAACCGUUUCCCUUCAAAUUGAAAAUUUAACCAAGGAAGAUCUUGGAACAUACAAGUGUGCACUUCUUGAGUCUGACAUGGAAAUUGCCGUAGAGGACGUUCCAUUAUAUGGAUAUGGUAUGUUCAGUGCUCUUGACUGUACCUUGUACGGAUGUGAUAAGAAAUCUAAUACCUUAAUUGAUAACUAGACUUACAAAAUUAUUCCCUAUCUUUUAGGCUGGGAGCCUUAAUAAAGACGAUUGCCCCUUCAAGUUAACCCUCGAAGGUACAGCGGGGGUGGGGGAGUGGAUGUCACCCCCCUCCCCCCUUGAGGUUUCUUUGAGCUUUUUCCUAUAGGAUAAAACAUCACCACCUGACGUUUUCAGUAACUGUUAGUUUAUUCCUCGCGCGCUUUAGAGACAAGUUUAGUGAUGGUCAGUUACUAUGGUUACGAGAUAUGACGUCAUAAGUAGCAAGUUUUCAGGCCAUUUUUGAGUGAGAAUGCUUGUUUUCUCUCCUUUUUUCAAUAGUUAAAGUAAAUCUUAUGAGUAAUAUCAUGCAAAGUGCUUGUUUGUGUGUUAUUUUUCAUUUCAAGCACAAAAAUUACCAUUUUCUUGCGGUUGUAAGCAGAUUUCGAAAUCUUGGUAAAAACCAAGAUGGCGACCAUUGUUGGUGACGUCACAGGUCUCCAGCAGCGCCAUCACCCAUAAAAUACAUACACCUCAUCUUGUUAACAUAAUCAAAGGCUUUCCACUGAAGGUAAAAUCGUUUCAAAAUACUGAAACGUAUCAAAAACUCUGGGGAGGAGUUUCAUCCACCAGAGAGUUAAAAAAAAAAAAUUUUGGUAGAAGAAAGUCCCAAAAAGCCCAAACUGUAUUCAAUCCCCCAAAAAAUGGGACAAGUGCAGCAAAAGCCAAACUUAGUCUAUUAAACUACACAUGUGAGAGCUUAUUGAAUUUGACUCUGUGGCAGAAGAUGUGCAAGACCUGUUGUAAAACACGAUGAAAAAUCACGGCUACCCUGCUACACAAAACAAUCCGUUUUCCAACAUUAGUCCUUUGUCCGACGUGACGGCCAUUUUGUCCCAAGAGAAUAAAAAAGCUUUGUAUUUGCACGGCUAGUCAUGCAAGUACAAAAGCUUUUUUUUUAAUCUCUUAGAACAAAAUGGUCGACGCGUGACAAAGGUCUAUACAACCAGACGUUCUCCUUACAGCCCUAACAUACUGUCUGCCGAUGUUAAUGUGCUCGUUUUCGUAAAACUGUUUGAAUUCACUUGAGCAGAUAUUGAGCUCCUUUAAUAAUGGUUCAUUUUCAGUAAGCUCUGACGUUCCACCACGUCCUAAAAUUGUAAAAAACAAGACCUUUGACUGCGGCCGUACGAUAGAAGUGGAGUGGAAACAGAUAAAAGGAAGUGGAGUGACUGGAUAUGAACUCAUUAUAUUAUCAGUAGCAGAUGAUUCCAGGCAAAGAUUCCACCUUUCAACGGAAGAUCAUUUCAAGAAGCUUGAUGUCCAAAGUAACAAUCUUUACGAAAUACAAAUCAGGGCAAAAAAUACGUUGGGCUAUAGUUUUUGGACGAAACGUCAACUGGAAACGACAGCAGGUACAAAUUAA